AUGCUGGAUGAAGAGAAGGCAAAAAAGAAGGAUCUGGAAUCAAACCCCAUUGAGGAUACUUCUGGCAAAGGAGCAGCAAUAAACAUCAACGAAGGUGGUGAGGUAUUGCUUGAAGCCGUAGCUGUGGAUGAAAACGCAGGAAAAGCUCCAGAGGAUGCAACGGAGAAGGGUUCCAAUACAAGAAAAAGCAUGCUUGCCCUAGAACCUGCACCAGUACCAGUACCCAAUAGUACCAGAGGCCCACCGGACGGCACUCCUCCCAAGGAAGAAAACAAACAAGCCGAAUCAAGAGAAAAGCCAUUUUACUGCAAAGGCUGGUUUGGGGUUGUUGUCCUGCUUAUCUUGGUUGGAGGAGCCGUCGCCAUCUUUUUUGGGACGCAAACCAAUGACACCACUGCCGCCGUUCCUGAGCCAGAGACUGUUUUGGGAACUGAUCCUGAUCCAACAGUACCUGUGCCAACAAUGGCGCCUGUCUCCAGCAGUCCCUCUGGAUCACCAUCCAGCACGCCAAGCAGUCUAGUCCUGUUGGAUCUUCCUCCUUCAUCCGAAGGCUGUGCCGCAAUUGCCAACGGAGAAGUGGUGCCUGGGCAAGACAAUACCGUAUUGCAAAGCUUCCAGGUACAAAUGGACGUUGUGCCAGACUCUGAAUAUCCCGAUGACACGACGGCCCAGGAGUUGGAAGAUAAAAUCCAAGCUCUUUUCAUGCCAGAACUGGUUGGGUGUCCAAUUGACACUGAACGACGCAUGCUGAGGACUCUGUCCGGGUAA